CCGGUGACAAUUGAUCCAGCUUCGGUCGAUCCAGUACUUCUUUGGAGACAUGGCCAACAUCGUAUCGACUCAGUUUGGCAAAACGAGGCUGGUGAUCGAACUUACCAUGUUCGAGGUACGACCAAUUUAGUGACGUACCAUGAGCUUUAUCGGCCAUAUCUCGAAGCGGCUGGCUUGUUUAGUAUUUUGCCCCUGGUCCCUAUGAACUCCGAUGCGAGUUUGAUUACUUCGCUCGUAGAGCGGUGGCGACCCGAGUCCUCGACCUUCCAUUUACCGUUUGGUGAGGUCACGAUCACGUUAGAGGACGUUGUGACACUGUCCGGUCUGGCGAUCGACGGUGAUGCCGUCGUAGUUGACAUACCUCAUGAGGAAUGGUUGACGAUCUGUUUGAGACUGUUAGGACGGGUUCCGGCUUAUGUUUCAGGCGGUGUCGGUGUCGUUAGGACUGUUUGGCUGAGGGAUGAAUUCAGUCAUCUGCCGGGAAAUGCAUCCCAGGAGGUUACAGAGCAGUUUGCACGAGCUUAUGUUAUAUCUCUGAUGGGAGGUGUACUGUUCACAGAUCGGUCUGGAGCUACGGUGCACCUACAGUACCUACUUCUGGUUGAGGAUUGGCAGAGAGCUCGACGGUUCACCUGUGGAGCAGCUAUUUUAUCCUACCUAUACCGUGAGAUGGGUAGGUCUGCUUUGCACAUUACGCAUUCCUUCACUUCUCUAGGCGGUGACCUUGGUGGAUGGGUCGCCCUAGUGCAGCUCUGUGCGUGGGAGCGAUUCCCACAUAUGGCUCCGCGACAUUCAAAGACGAGGGCGCAGAUUUAUGAGGAUGCAUCCCCACGUGGUCUUCGAUGGCUUCCGGCCAACACUCAUCGGUAUGGUGACCAGCUAUUCCAGUACAAGCUGUGGUUUGACGAGAUGGACACCAUGGUGUGGCAACCAUACGUUGGGAGAGCACUUCAUCUCAGAGGUAGUGUGAUACAGUCUGAGACGUUUCGAGCAGUAGUGCCACUUAUAUGCUUUUCAUCGGUGAUGUGGCACCAUCUUGACCGCGUGCUCCGGCAGUUUGGCAUGAGGCAGCAUGAGCCUCAUCCGCCACAUUCCGAGGCUGAGGUUAGGUUUUUUCUUCGUCAGACUACUCGUGGGCCAUCGCGUGGGCAGCAGUUGGUACACCACUACAGAGAGUCGAUUGCUUUCUGGAACCGUCGACAAGAUUUCGUAGCGACGGCUCCAUAU